CAAUCGUCUAAUAGGGACUAAAUUUUCAUGAUGGUGAAACAUGGCAACAAAUGAUCAUUUCUCUGUUUUGCAGAAGAAGAAACGUAAUCGCAAUAGGGCUUCACAGGAACGCCUGACUAUAUUGACCGAGGGAUUUACCGACGACCAGAAGGGAGCUGCUGCUGAGAUGGGGAUGUAGGUUCUGAUGGAUGUUCGGUGCAAGAAUUUAGUGAACCCUGUAUGCGACUGGCUCGGUGAGAUUUACGAGCCAGCCUCCAGGGAAUUUGUGAUUCCGGGACGUGGAAGACUGCCGUUAGACGAGGAAUCCGUGUUCUGCACGUUGGGUGUGCCCCAUGGAGAGAUCAAAGUCCCGUAUGAGGUCAAUAAUAAGAUUGAGGAAACGUUGUUUGCCCGUUUGUUUUCUGGGUUGUCAUCCAUGUCGAACACGACCGUGCUGGCAAAUUCACUGGAGGGGAUGACAACCCAUGGCGAGGUUUUCAAGAUGAAGCUACUCAUGUACCUGAUCUCAGCUGUUUUUGCGCCAACCACAUCUCUUCGCCCAAGCAACAAAUGCUUCCCCAUCCUGGUUAAUGCUCUAUCUCUACUACUUUUAUUUUUCCUUCAAUCUUUUGACUCCUAUGUCAUCUGUAAGCUAGUCAUUGCCAGUAUUUUGAUGUUUUCUCAUUUGAUUUCUGAUGCAGCAACUUCUUGUCCUGAAAUUUGUGUUGUGCAGGCAAAACUGAAAGAUGUGAAGAACAUGAAUUGGUGUAAGUUCAUUGCGGACUUCCUGCAUGAUGCAUUCUCAAACAAGAUGUACCAGAAGGGUUGUCGACUCCAUUUAAUGGUAUGUUUCUACUAGUCUUUUGCAAACACUCUUAGCUCCUUGAGUAUGCAUGGCAACCAUGAUGGUGACAUUGUGGCAACUGCCAACAUAACUAGAUGGCAACUUACACAUAUAGAUGGCAACUAACAGAAAUACAUGGCAACUCUUUUCUUUCUUCAUGCCCUCCAACUUGAUGAUUGAAGGAACAUACGUUAGCUUCUUUUUUUGCAAAAUACCAUAAUGGCAACUGAUAUUUUUUUUCUUUUUACAUUGUUGUACAUCAGCUCAUAUACGUCGAUCGUCUUGAUCUGUCCACUGUGGACUUUACUGGGAUAGGAGGCCCGCCGCCUCCACACAAGUUCGCUGUUUCUGCGUGGACUUACGAUGAUGUCAAGGUUGUGCUUGCCGCGGACAAGAUAACUGAUACGAAAUACGGGAAACUGCAGGUUAGUUCUGGCUUCUUUCUUUGCACGGCAUUCUUUCAUUUUUGACGCUGCAUAACAUAUGAAAAAUCCCCAUACGGCAACCGUCCGUGGCUAACAAGAGAUGACUACCUUGCUAGCCAUGGUUGUCUGCGUAUGGUAUCCAUGUCUUACCCCACAUGGCAACUCUGCCGUCGACUUUGAAACUUCUAUCCUCUUCCUCUUUUUUAUUUUUAUUUUUUGCAAUACAUGAACUGUUAGUUAGUGUUCAUUGUUUUCUCUCUUUACAUGCUAGCUGUUUUUUUGUUUUUUUUUUCAGCUGAUGGCCAAGCAUGCUAUAGACUACAGCGUGUUUGGUGGGCCUCAAAACUUUGGAAAGUGGAUGGGCGUGCACUCAGCUCCGUCUUGUCCUGUUGAGGUAAUCAAGGAUAUAUAUCUAUGGUUGUGUUUGGUUUAUUUUGAUCUUGUGCACGUGACUUUAAUACGAGUUGGUUACUGCUGCUUCUUGUUUCGUGCACAGGCGAGGGCACCUGUUGAGCAUCUAAUUGGGCAGUUUGCAUCCAGAAUGACCAGCUUGCUCGGGAAGUUGGUUGAGGGUUGGACGUCCCUUAAUGGCUCUGACCGCGACGCGGUUGCGAGGCAGUUCCCUCCUUUUGUUGUAGAACGGACACAUCGGCCAACUGGUUACCGUGGUCGGUACGACUACAACAGCUCGCAGGAGCAUCCGGACACACAAGAUGAACUAGAUGGAGAUGCUGCUCUUGACAAGGACGAUGACGAUGACAUGGAGAACGGGCAUCAUGACACCGACGAUGAUGAACAUGUUGAAGUUCGUGCAGGUGGUAAGAAGGGCAAGGGUGCACCAGAUGUCCCCUCACCGGAGGAAGUCAAAGAACAUACAACUGCGAGAGGCAAGGGGGUGUCGCCCUCAAAGAGGGGGAGGGAUCCAGAGGAUGUUGGGCAGGGCUAUCCUGUCAAGAGACCUAGGACCGAUCCCUUAGCUGCUAGCAGGAGUGAGGCGACAGCUGGUGGACGAGCAGUUACGAAGAAACAAGCACCAACGCCCACCCGUGUUUCUGCUCGAUUGAACAAGGGUGCCCCUAUUGCUGGUGACACGCCUUCCACUAGGUCAUCUCCUUGUACGUCGACGUCCAACACCGGUGAUCCUGUCGUGUUGCCAGAUUUGAGGAAGACAGUCAAGAAGGUGAAGAAGACUACCACACGCGUGACCAAGCAGAACCCCAGAGACCCACUCGAACGCAUACACUCAAAGCUGUCGACUGGUGGCAACUCAGACGUUCAUGAGGCGCCAGUGGACAAACCUGCUGCUGCAGCGUCCACUGUUCCCACUAGCUCUGAUGCAAGCGGCCGAGCAUCUCCGCCGGUUGCAGAUGUGCAGGCUACGACAGCAGGCAUCCGUACAUCUGGGAGUGACGAGUCGGUAUCUGCCAGGACUGCUGAAAUAUUGCCCACUCUGCUGGCAAUGAAGGAUGCUGCUGUGAGCCAUGCCACCCGAUCAGCAAGUAUUGAAGUGGACGCCCCCGAGAUCAACCUAAGCAAGGAAGAUUCCCGCUCAUCUGACACGGAUUCCAAGCGCGUGGGUGGUGGCACUUCUUCGUCCAUGAAAGAAGGGGCUGAGGCGACAGUUCAUAAUGAUAUGCCAUCCACAGGUGAGACUCUUGGCACAGCAGCUCCAACUUCUGGUGCUCCAGAGGUUGCUAAGGUGACCGUUACGCGAGCUGGUCUUCCACCUAGGCGUCGUAGCCCCUGCAAGCAAUCUGCAAAUAUACCCAACGCGUCGGCUGUAGCUAGGAGCAGCAGAGAUGACUCUGGUUAUGUGCCUGCGUCCACACUGUUCCCACCAUCUGCCAGAAGCAAUGUUAUGGAGAGAACGGAAGACCGGAGUACAACCGACCCAGGUGGCAAGGCGGGCACGACUGACGGAGGUGAACGUGCGGAGCAGACUGCGUCUUUACCUGCCGUGGUUAACCCCAGCUUAAAUCUGUGCACUUCGCCGCUCCCAGUCAACAUCGGUGUCCCCUACAGCCCAAAUAAGAAGAUUAUCAAGAAAGCUGCGACUGAUACCGCUGACAGCACGCCCCGCCCUACGAAUAAGCCCGAUGAUUCUGCAGCGGCUGAUGCAGAAAUGUUUGUUGAUCUUACACCCUCGGAUUCUGCCCAGCAAGUUGUUCGCAGUCCGGCCAGUAGGCAGGAGAGGCACCCAAUGGCCUUCACCCCACCGAGCUGUAGCCUUGCCAUCGAUCGCAGUCAAGAUGAACCAGUGAUGCAAGAUCCUUCACCAGUUGCCUUUGCUUUCCCGGCAGGCAUGGCCCCAAUGAUGGCGCAACCAACGGUCGAGGGCAAGAAGGCUGUGAAGUUCGCAGAGCCGAUUGUGCAAGGUACAUUUCUUAUGCGUUUAUCAUUUUCGUGUAUACAUCUUUUUAGUCUGACUUUUGUCCCAAGCAUUUUUUUUGGGUUCUCACUUGUGAUGGCAAAUGUUAUCUAAUGGACAUGGCAACUGGAUUUGCUUGCACGCUGUCACCUAUAUUUUCUGUUGCCAUGCUGCAUUUUCCAUUCUGCAAGCACAUGGAAACUGGAGUUGAUACAACAUGACAACUGUAGUUGUUGUUACAUGGCAACUACAAUGCAUUGCACAUAUCAACUGGAAUUGCCUGCACAUGGCAACUCCCUACUUUCUGUGCCUAUAUUUCAUAUUAUGCAACUUUUCUUUCAAACUAGAUUUGUUUUGUUUCCAAGGAUUCCUAACCCACUUGUUUGACCCUUGCAGCCACCCCCGAGGAGAUUACGUCGUCACUUGAUGAAGCUUACCGCAGGAUUGAGGAGGCAGCAUUGCAGAGAAGGUCCUCACGAGGUCAGGGGCAAUCAAGUUCCAACGUGCCUGCUGAGUCGGUAUCUGAGGAUACCAUUAGAAGUGCCACCCCUGGUUCUGUGAGGCAGCACAUGGUAGUUCACGCACCACCCGCGGAUGAUUAUGAGCCGGAAAUCAAGGCCACAAAGGAUCAGAACCAGCUGUACGAAAUUGUCAAGCGCUUUGAAAAUGCGAGGUCCAACAGCAAGCACAUGAAGGAGCUGAAAGCGUAAUGACCACACCCACAUAAACCUCUCAUUUGCUUUGCUCUUUUUACUAUUCAUCUUUUUGCUAUUUCUAAAUAUGCUCCGUUUACGUUUUAUUUCUUUUUUUACACUUAGUAGACAUGAUUCUUUCAUGUUAUAUCAUUUUCAUACAGCUCAUGUUUGGACAGAACCAAGAUCAUACAAUGUGAUGCGACGUACGUUGACCUGGGUGAUCUUGCCGAGUCUGUGAGGCCACUCGGUAAAAUGUCGAAGAAUGUAGUUGCAUGUGGGAUUGACUUCAUCAACAGGCAUAUGGAUAUGUCUCCCGACAAAAUAAUCAUGCAGUACAGCGUGACCUGCAAAAUAUGGGAUGGUGACUUCCACCACAAAAUUCUGAGGAAGCAUUUUGCUGCGCAUGGUGAUUUCAAGCUCACAAUGAAGAAAUGUGUGAGUACUCCUUCCUUUUUUGCACAUUUUUUCCUCCCAUGGUAUUUUUUUGCCAGUAGCUAUGCUUCCCAUGUGGGCUAGACCAUGUUUUGUGACAGCUGUUUCAUGUGGCAACAGCUGCCAUGUAAAAUGACUUUUUGAUUUGCUUUUCUUAAUACAACCUAUGUGGUAACUUCAAACUAAAAUACAUGGCAGGUUUGCUCAUACAUGUAUGGCAACUUCUUUUAAUUACCUACUGUAACUAAACAUUAUACGUUGGUCUACUUUUCUUGGACCCCUUGCUGCUUUUAUGUCACUCACGUGCCUGUUAGUGUAACCGGUGAUAUCUUUACACGUCAUUUUCCCAACUACAUCAUUUUUAUUCUUAAUGUAAGCUCUGCUUCUUCUUUUCCUUCAUUUUUUGCUUGCAGGUCUUGUUCCCCAUGUUCCAGGAGCUUGCACCACAGGACCCACAUGACAAGUGUGGUCACCACUACGUGAUUUGCCUUGACCUGAAGAACCAACGUUUUGAGGUGCUUGAUUCAAUACGUUCAGAAGCUGAUGCAGACCUUACUACGCAUGCUGAAUACUUCAUCAACAACCUCAAAGAGACAUGGAACCGUCACUAUGAAAACUCAAAGGUCCAGAUCAGACAUUUUCCAAUUGAGUACGUGGCGACUACGAAGCAAGGAAACCGGUAUUUUCUCAUCUUUUCUUCAUGUGUCCUCUAAACCAAUGCUUACCCUUUUUUGUCACCUCUGAAUUGAAGUUUACGAUUUUUCUCUCCGUUCUUGUGAGUUAACCUGACUCUUUUCUUGUUUAGGCACGACUACGGCUUCCACACGUUGGAAUACCUUGCAAAGUGGGAAGGUCGACGGGUUCCUGUCGUCACAGCUGUAAUGGUCGUCGAGCUCCGCAAAAUUUACACAUGGAACUGGUUGAUGAAUGAAGAUUUCAACACGCGGUCCAACGCACGUGAGUUCAUAGAGAAAGCUGUGAAGAAAGCCGCCAAGAAGUACAAGUGAUCACGUGGUGCUCCAUACCGAACGCCCACCUUACAUUCUGUUGCCGAGGAAUGUAAGGUAUUACCUUGUUUUUUCAAAACUAUAUCCGUGUAAUAUGCUAUGACUGCAUCUCCCCGUAGCCUAGUAUACAGUGGUGGCGUGUGAGUGACAUUUGAAAUAAUUUGUAAUAUAUGUGUGGAUGUGAACCUACUUAGGUGUGACAGCAGAU